AUGAGGGGAUUCGGCAAAUGGUUGCAAGACGCAACCCAGAGCGCGACAGAAGCUCUUGCCGCGACUGACAUCAUGGAGAAAGCAAAGGCGGCGGCACAGGACGUGGCCGAUGCAGCCAGCAAAGCAGCCGAGACGGCGAAGGCAGAGUAUCAGCGAACCUUUGUGGAUCUGGACUGUCAGAUUUACUCGGUGCGCCCAGAGCUCAGAGUGACGGAGUUUCCUUCGGAUGACAAGAUCGACAGACUUUCAACUCGUCUGAACAAAGAUUUUGCGCAUCGGAUGCUCAUACUGAACAUGUCUGAAAAGAAGUACGCUGUUGGAAAGUUCUCCGGAGAGGUUAUCGAUGUCGCCUUCCGUGGGCUUCCAGCACCGCCGAUGGACCUCUUUAUGGAGCUCUGCUUGUCUGCGCAUAAUUGGCUGGCCUCUGAUCCUGGCAAUAUUCUGGUGGUUCAUUGCUUUGAAGGGUUUUCGCGCUCCAUCGUGUUCAUGAGUUGCUUCUUGGCAUUCCGUGGAUUGUCCCAUCACCCUGUCGAUGCUCUUCACGAG